AUGUUGGAUCGACAGCGGCCUAUAAAACAAGAACCCUCAUCUUCAGCGCCGUCCGAUACGGGAAAGAUAUCUUCCAAUGUGCACUUAGAUACCCAUGAAUCUACCCCACAUGCGACCUCAUCAGUACAGGUUCCUGCCUCAACAUCGACGUCAGCACCGGAUCAGCAGGAAGCAAGUGCACGUGCGAAUUCAAAGAAGCGCUCGCCUGCCAAAGGCGAAAAAGACAGUAAGACUGGUCGUCGAAAGAUCAAAAUUGAGUUCAUUGAUGAUGAUUCACGACGUCAUAUCACGUUCAGCAAGCGGAAAGCUGGUAUCAUGAAGAAGGCGUAUGAACUGGCAACACUCACAGGUACACAAGUAUUGCUUCUUGUGGUGUCACAGACGGGACUUGUCUACACAUUUACAACGCCCAAGCUUGAGGCAGUCGUCAAACAGCCGGAAGGUCGAAAUCUCAUCCAAGAAUGUCUCAAUGCACCGGACCCCGCUGAUCUUGCCACGAACCAAGCCGAAGCUGGCCCAUCAUCAACACCAUUCCAAAGAGAUUCCGACUUUGCCUCCGCUGAUAUAGUUGAUGAACAAGAUGAUGAUGAUGAGGAAGAGGAAGAUGGCGUGGACAUUGGGCAACCUGACGCUGGCUUCACUGCUCAGGCUAUCGGUACCAUGCCUAUAGGGUCCAAUCCAAACGCUUUAGGCGCUGGAAAUCCACUUUUUCAUCCGGGCUGGGCACCUUCCAAUAUGGGUCUCCAGACAAAUAAGCGUUCAGAUGCAGGUUUGCCUGCAUCAUCCAUCAAGCGGCGAAGAACUCAACCGAACCUGUCAAGAUCUGCCGCGAUGUCUUCCUCAGCAUCUGUGAAUCCAGCCGCUGAGCUUUCGCCAAACUUUUACCACCCAUCUUCUAUAAUUCCCAUGAUGCCGAUGAAUCGUGUUCUGGAGAAUGAUUCAUUGUUGGGUAGUGGUGUACCAAUGUUUUUUGGUCAACCCAGCCUAAAUCAAGAUGGCGGGCCGCUUCGUCCUUCACCAUCAAGACAUGAUCCGUUGUCAACUCAAGGGGCAGAUGGCCCUAUGUCGCCUCAGUCGCAGGACGUUAAGUUUAUGUCUCACAAAGAUGCAGCUUCAGGACACUAG